GGCGGGAGGCGGAGGCGGCGCCGGUGGCGGCGUCGCGGGCGGGCGGCGGCGUCGCGGCGACCCAGUCAACCGGCGGAGCUCGCGCGGGAGUGUGGCGCGUCAGGCAGCGGCCAGAGGCACAGGCAGAGGCAGGCCACGCGGGCCCAGCCCAGCCAGCGCCCACACCGCCGCCGACGCCGCCGCCGACGCCGACGCCGACGCCGCCCCGCUAGCGCCCGACAGCCCCGCGGAGCAAUGGGAGACAUCGGGGAGGAGGUGCUGCCGGAGGGCAAGAACUUCCGGCUGGCCACCGCCGACGAGCUGCCCGCGCUGCUCGACUUCCUCGAGAAGCACCUGCCGCACUCCCUCAAGUUCCACCAGACGCUGCGCACCUACAUGAACGACCGCGUCUGGGACUUCCACUUCUACGUCAGCAAGACGUGGCCCGACCAGCCAGUGUGCCUGCACUUCCCUGGGAUGACCAAUUCGCCGAACGGGCGCCUAUACGAGAGCUUCUCGGUGUUCUGCCCGGCGGACCGCCUGGAGGAGCUGUCGCUGCUCGAGGAGGAGGACAUGCUGCUGGACUGGUCGCAGCCGCUCUAUCUCAACUUCACGCACAGCGACAUCGUCGACCGUCUCGAAUCCUUCUACAGCGACAUCGGCACCGUCGAGAAGGUCCACGGCGACCUCUACGUGUACGAGCCGCCCGCCGCCGCAGACGCCACCCCCAACGAGCCCAUCGAAGAGCUGAAUGCAGAGGAGGCUGAGGUGCGGCAGCUGAGCCCAGAACAUGCUGAUGCCAUCCAUGACUUGUACCCCGCAAAUGACCUCGAGAGCAUCGAGGUGUUCCGCCGGCUGCUGUCUGCGCUACCUGCCUAUGGAGUAUUCUCGGCAACAGGCGAGCUGGCUGCCUGGAUGGUGCAGUCCUACUAUGGUGCCAUGUUCUCCAUGCAAACACGGCCAGAGUUCCGACGCAAAGGCUACGGCCUGAUACUGGCUCGCCGGCUGUCAGCAGCGGUUGCCAAUCGUGGCUACCAGCCCUUUGUCGUCAUUCGACCCGAGAAUGAUGCUUCACUGGGAUUGUAUGCCAAGCUGGGCUUCCGGAGGAGCUACUCGACAGUGCGAGUCAUCUUCCGGCCGCACGCAGCGGCUCGUGACAACAGCUAGGCCACUGCAGUCGUCGACGCCACGUCCCCCUUCUCCGUCACCUGCUUCACCCUGCGUCUGCGCCCUGCCAUGCCCUGGGCACGGCUAGCACCGACGUGCCUUUAGCUGCCCUCGCACUUCCAGAGAUAAAGACUUUCUGCCCCAACACCUCUAGUCAGCCAGAUUUAGCGCCUAGCAUAUUACCUGUAAAGAACACUGAGCCAUUUGCUGCACUGUAGUACCUGACUUUGACUUUGCUUCUGUGAUGUUUGGCUACAUCCAGACAUACUGCAGCAAACCUGCAUUUUGACUGGAGAGAAGCAGCUGAGCAACUGGCAAAUGACAGUGCACCAGUCCUCUGUUUUGUUCUGUAGGAGGAGUGGUACUUCUGUGCUGGUAUAACAUUUAAAUCUCCCAGUAGUAGGAACAUUUAAAAAAUUUCUCUGCACUGACUGCCAUACAGUUGAAAUAAAAGCUGUGUUCUGUGCCAUUUUUGCUCUGAGCCACACUAUUAGUAUUUGCUGAUAAUUUUCAUAUUCGAUAGCCUCAAUUUCACCAUUCAAAUAAAAUAUUGGAAACGUCAUCUCCCUAUUCUGUGUUGCUGCAUUGGUAAGUUCCACUAUUAUUUGACAGUGAUGAGCUGUGAUACUCUGUAUCUAAGCUGCUUACUGGAUUAUCACAAUCAGUUAAAAGUAUAUCUGAUUCAUUUAUUUAAAACUGCACAAUGAUUUCCACGGCUGCUGGUGGGCCACAUGGCAAUGUCCCUGCUACUUUUAAUUUUAACAUGAUUCUUAUAAACAGUAUAGAGUAUGUUGUUGUUUCGACCAGAAGAUAAACAAUGUUCAAAAUGCAUCAAAAUUGAAAAAUAAACAGCAUGUAACUAUUUGUUACAGUGUAACAUAUAGUUCUUAGUUUGUCCCAGCAGUGGACGCUGGAACACAAAUAUAACUGAAGAUGUUCUUGUAUCAUCUCAUCUUCAGACUGAAAUGUAACUCUAAGCAUUUACAAAUCUAAUGAAAUGUGACAUAAAACAGACUUCACAACUGGUACCACUCUUUGGAGCAUGUUAAGAACAGGUCACUUCGUGUUUGGAACUAGGACAGAAGAAAACUGCUGUUUGCUGUAAUGAAUCUUCUGGUAAUGUGGACUGAUGAAUGUGCUUUCUUGGUGGUUAAUAAAUCACACUACCAACUAUCCACUCAACAAUUUCAUUGUGCAUUGUUAUAUUGUAAUAUUAACAGAAUUUGGACAUCAGUUAUAUUCUUGACAGUUGAACACAGCUUUACUUACAACUUGACUUCAAAAAAUAUUAACAAUGACCUAAAUUAUUUAGAAUUACUUUUCCAUCAUAUCAUACAAUAAUUUUUAUUUUUAUUGUGUAAGAUUAUGGACAACUAAAUGAGUAAUAUUAUCAGUAAUUCCAAACCAGAAACUCUACUAUCAUUAUUUUUGUUUUCUAUCUGUCUCAUACUAUAAAUCAACUGAUUCUGUUGCAUAAGCAUGAUUAAUCUGAGAAAAACUCCACAUAAUUUUUCUUAUCAAAUGUAUACUCAUGCAAAAGUAAAUAUCAAUGUGUAGCGAGCAGUUCUACUUAUGAGCAACUUAAAUUUAAAAAAAAAAAAAUCUAAAACAAAAGCCUUUAGCACUCUAAUCACAUGCUAAGAUGGUAUGUAAUGUGGUGUGGAGUUUUCAUUUUCCUUCAUGAUGUCAUAAUUCUCUUAUACUGAGGAUUUAUCAGGUAUAUUGUGUGACAUUCAUCAUUAGUCAUGCAUUUAUAGUAGCACACGGGAAACACAAAUAAAUAACCAUAAGCCAAGCAAAUCAGUCAUAAACUGUCAGUUUGGUCACACAGUGCACUCAUUUAUGAGAAGUAUUACCUAUAGUUGUCAUAUGUCUUUUACAUCACUCGAGAGAUGUGGUGAAGCGUUCAACUUAAAAUGUAUUCAAUGUUCUCUUCUACUUAUGCUUUGAGUAGUUUCCUUGGGGCUCAUUUUUCAAUAUGUCUAUGUAUAAUUUGUAUUUUCAACAAAGUAUUUCUUCUGGGCUGAGCCCAUGGGCUACUUUCCAAACUUUAAGGUCCUUUUAUUCUGUUUUCUUUGCAUGUUAUCAAUUUAAUUAUGAAUAUUUUGCAUCAAUUCCAAAUAGCCAUUUACCACCAACAAACAACAAUAAUUUGAUGACAAUAUUCUGUAUCACAAUAUCAAUACAACAAAAAACUAUUCAUACAACAAUAGGACAAACUGUUACACCAGUUUACACCAAUUACAAUUAACGAGUAAAAUUGAUAAUCCUUAAGAAUGACUGUCAUCUCAUCUCUACAUUUUCCAUAUCAGUCAAUGUUAUGCCUUUCUUUCACAUUAAUUUUGUACAAAAUGUGUUCUUGAAAUACCAGUAUGAAAGAGAACCUGAAAGCAAAGUUAAUUUUCUUCAAAGUAAUGCAGAGUUGUUCUGUCCAAAGUCAGCCAAAUUUUCUUACUCAAUUUAGAUUAUAAUACACUUAAAGAAACUACUGCUCUUUCAGAGGAAAGUGAUUAUAGCUGGGUAACUAUUUUAAAGUAUCUAUUUCUUUUGGUGUUGCCCUUUGCAGUACUUAAAAAAACACAUCAGUUCCAGAUUUUUCUUUGUAUGUUAAUACAAAUGCUAAGUGUAUGAAUAUCACACUUACAGAAUUCAUUUAUAUCACCUACAUAACUUCUCACUUGUCAUUGAUAAGUGCCAUUACAUAGAUUACACCAGAAUGAAAUCAGAUCAGGAUAAAAGUAAUUUACAUUUGUGUUAAUGUAUGUCAGAUAGCAUGUAAGAUGAAUAUCAGUAGGCAAAUAUAAUAUAAAACAAUGUAGCACCUCAGCUCCUCACAAACAGUGCUGCAUAAUUCCAUUUAGCAGGACAUAUUGCCUUGUGCUAAUAUUAAAUUCAUAAUCUCUUUCUCUGUUGAUGAAUCAGCUUUAUAACUCUUUUAAAUGUAUGGCUAGGAUGUCUCCCUGGAGAAAAUAUCAAAAGUAUGGAUCUUUUGUGAAAGUUCUUGUACAGCAAGAGCAGUAGCUUUUUUCCUCCCUCCAUGUACCAUAGUCAACAUGUAUUGUUUAUUUAACAAUGGAAAUUCUAGGUUGGAAUAUCAACAUAUAUUCUUUAUCUAUAUUUUAGUUUUUAAAUCUUCCUUCUUGGUCUGACAUCCACUGCUUCUUGAAGAAUCAAGUCAUCCUGUUUUGGUGUAUAUCUUCAUUGAUUUUAUUUCUGUAUGGUUAUCUCCAUUUGCACAUAUUGUACAAUAUUCAAUAAGGAGUUACUGACUGGGUUUUGAUCCCCCCUCUCACUUUUUCUUUUGGCUUUCUAACUCAGUUAGUUCUAACUAAGUUUCCUUAGGAUAGAGAAUACCAAUCAUAAUAAAACUUUACAGAUUCUUUUAUUAUUCUUUCAGUUUUGUCAUUCUUAGUGUGAGCUUUCUACAUAAGACUGUGCUGAUGACAGUUUCUUGUAACUUUCAUCUCUUUUAACAAAACCAGAACCCUGCAAAAUUACUUUUCUUAUCUUUAAACGUGAAGAUACUCUGGCACUUUCUUCAUCUCUCCUGCCACAGUGUGAAGAUUUCUCUAUCUGCCCAAUCCAAUGUGCUCUUGCCACUUACAAUAUAAACUGAUCUAAUCACACUAAGUUAUAUGCCGAAUGGCACUGACAUUUGUGCUAACAAAUAAAUAUUCUUGACAUUGUAAUAAACAAUAUACAGCCUAUUUCCUACCAUCAUUACAAACAGUUCAUUUAAUAUAUAUGUGUUUAUGGAAUACCAGUUUCAAUCACUGCAGUACACUGAAACCUUAAACUGGUGUAGCUGUACAGUUUCAUGUCUAUUGUUUUCAAAUGUUUGCUGAACAGCAGUCAUUAAUCAGUUCAUUGGUAUAUUUUGUUACUGAAGUACUUCAUUUCUAUUGCCCUUGCAACCUCUGUGUCUUGUGGGUUCAGAAACAUUAAGAACAACUUGAUAGUGUCACUGUUAUUUAUGAAUUUGUCCAGAAAAUUAACAACCAGCAUCUUAUGGACAAAUUAGAGAGUGGUCUGACUGAAUGUUUACAUUUAUCAUACAGAAUGGCUGACACUGUUACUUUUAUAUUUUAAUUCAAGAGGCUUGUAAAACAUAGUCUAGCCAUAGAACAUAUUAUACAUCUAUUAGUUUUUAUUUCGUGGUGUUAGAUUCAUUUCUGCUAUAUCAGCUGACAUGUGGUAUUUUUUGUAUCUUUUCCUCUUUUGGAAUAUGUGGGUUUUCAAGCUGCACCACUUUAAUUAAUAAUAAUCACAGUAAACCCAAAGAAUAGAAUGCAAUUAUGUUGAAAAAACGCUCAGCAGAAAGCAGCUAAUACAACAAAAGAGGACUGAAAUUGGCAGGAGUCAGAAGAAGGGACACUAUUAAUAUUUUUUGUUUGUUAGAUGUUAUUUGAUAUCUGCAUAAAGAAUGACAACGGAUGUUCUGUAAGAAAAUAAACAAAAAUAAAAUUUUAAAUAUAUUAACAUCAGGUUAUCAAUAAAAUACUAUGGUUAUUACAAUGAAAAGAUAUGAUAGUUCAAAUAAUUGUCUUUUAAGCUUCCAUGGUAACCAUUGAGGACUUGUUUUAUGAAACAGGUAUUAAUAGCUUCCUAGAAAGAGUUUCACACAUUAUACAAUGUUUUCUAUCAACAGAAAUUUUCUUCUGGAAAAGCAGCAGAUGUACAGUACAUAAAUGUACAGAAGCUUAUUCUGUACUCAGCAACACUUAUUCACAUACAGUAACUGUUCAUUUAGUUUGUACAAGUAAUUACACAGUGUGAUAUUUGUGUAUUUUGUUUAUUUCUGUUUUAUUAUUGUGCACCAUCAUUGUUUUGAUACCAUGUUACAUGUCAGUGUCGUUACAUUAGCAACAUGUGUUUGCAUUUGGCCUUGUAUAAAAACCAAAAUUUCCUCAGAGUGUUGCAAUAACAAACCUUCUGUUCUGCCUCUACACUAUGUGCUUUUCAGUAAGAUCUUUCAAUGAAAUGGAAAGACAUACACUAAAAUUUCUGUUCCAUUAUAUUCUUUUCCAGCUGAAUACUAAUGUGUUUGUCCACUAGCAGAUAACUUCCACAAAUAACUUUUGCUAAGAUAUUUACAUUAAAACAAGAACUAGUGCAGGUUUACUUCUGCAAGUCACUUUGAGAAAUUAAUUUCAACAACUUACCACACAUUCUUGCACCACUGUUUCCAUAAGAGUCGUGUUAUGAGACAGGCAAGUGACAGUGUCAUGCUUAAAAACUAGAGCAGUUUCCACCAUUGUUAAAUUAUUGUAAUUGAAAAAAAAUCAUGAUAAAACAAAAAGUUGUUAAAAUGAUAUGUUUGGGCGAAGAAAUGGAUACAAAGGCAUACAUAUUUAAACACUACUGAAUGAUCUAAAAUCAAAGGUCUUCACAUGGAUUCAAAAUUUUUGGUGAGUCAUCUGCAAGUAUAGAAUGUCCCUUGCCUAUUGUACAAUCAAAUGUUUGAAAACAUGAUACAAAAUUGUACCAAGCUGUAUCAGCAAGAGAUCCACUUUUAAUUACACUUUGAUUUUUGCAAACAGUAUUUAUUAUUUUUAUUGGAAAUGUAACACAUUUAUGUUUACAUUAGUAUUAAAAUUUCAGCUCAAAUUCAAUGAUGUCUUCACUAACUUUCUACUUCCCAUUCUGGUGAGACAAGGUAAUCAGCAAAUACAUUUCACACCCCCUCAGGAGAGAGUGGCUACUUGUUUAAGAUUAGGGGUUCCACCUAUAUUUGUUUUGGCCACUCUGUCAUUGCCCAUUUAGAAAAUGACAUUUCUGUACCAAUACUGAACACUUAACACUUCUGCAAGUUUUAGAAAAACUUCAGCAACUGGGAAGUUCGGCGAGUACUUGCAGCAAGAUGCAAGAAACAGCUUCUGUAAGUGACAUGCCAAAAUUCACUUGCUGGUGAUCAUCCCCUAUAUAUAUAUAUAUAUAUAUAUAUAUAUAUAUAUAUAUAUAUAUAUAUAUAUAUAUAUAUAUAUAUAUAUCC